UGCCGGCGUGGGGACAUGCCCGGGGACAUGCGCCCGCUGCGGGCCCUGCUGUGCCUCUGGCUGGUGGCCCGGGCAGCCCUGGGCUCCCGGGUCCGCACCCGCCGGGAGCUGGGCCCCGGCUUGUACCAGAACGGGGUCUACGACGCCGGGGGGUCCUACUGCCAGCGGGGGGACGUCUGCUGCCGCGGCCGCGACGACGGCUGCACAGUGCCCUACCACGACACCCUCUGCUACUGCGACCUCUUCUGCAACCGCACCGUCUCCGACUGCUGCCCCGACUUCUGGGAAUACUGCCUGGGCAUCCCGGCCCCCUUCCCCAAAGCUCAAGGCUGUGCCCGUGCCGGACUCAACUAUCCCACCGGAGCUACGUACCGGGAGAACUGCAACCUGUGCACCUGCGGCCCUGGUGGGCAGUGGCAGUGUGAGGACCACGCCUGCCUGAUGGAUGGGGAGCUGAUCGACGCCGUCAACAGGGGCAAUUUUGGCUGGAGAGCCACCAACUACAGCCAGUUCUGGGGCAUGACCCUGGAGGACGGGAUCCGGCACCGCCUGGGCACCUUCCGUCCCUCUGCCACCGUCAUGAACAUGAACGAGAUGCACAUGAACAUGGACUCCAACGAGGUGCUGCCGCGACACUUCGAUGCCGCCGCGAAGUGGCCCGGGAUGAUCCACGGGCCCCUGGACCAGGGGAACUGCGCCGGGUCCUGGGCCUUCUCCACGGCGGCCGUGGCUUCGGAUCGAAUCUCCAUCCACUCCAUGGGACACAUGACCCCCGCCCUGUCCCCACAAAACCUGCUGUCCUGUGACACCCGAAACCAGCGGGGCUGCAGCGGGGGGAGGCUGGAUGGGGCCUGGUGGUACCUCCGCAGGAGAGGGGUGGUGACAGACGAGUGCUACCCCUUCACGAGCCAGCAGAGCGAGCCGGGCCCGCAGCCCUGCAUGAUGCACAGCCGCUCCACGGGCCGGGGCAAGCGGCAGGCGACGGCGCGGUGCCCCAACCCCCGCACCCGCUCCAACGAGAUCUACCAGUCCACCCCCCCCUACCGCCUCUCCUCCAGCGAGAAGGAGAUCAUGAAGGAGCUGCUGGAGAACGGCCCCGUGCAAGCCAUCCUGGAGGUGCACGAGGAUUUCUUCAUGUACAAGAGUGGGAUUUAUCGGCACACACCAGUGGCUGAGGGGAAGGGGCCAAAGUACCAGAGACACGGGACCCACUCAGUCAAAAUCACUGGGUGGGGAGAAGAGCAGCUGCCUGAUGGCCAGACCCAAAAAUACUGGACGGCGGCCAACUCGUGGGGCACGGCGUGGGGCGAGGACGGCCACUUCCGCAUCGCCCGCGGCGUCAACGAGUGCGAGGUGGAGACCUUCGUGGUGGGGGUCUGGGGCCGCGUCAGCACGGAGGACAUGCCCCACAAGUGAGCCCCCCGCUGCCCACGGCCCUCCCGCCCCGGGGCCCCCCAGCCCCACGCCCGUGUGCUCGUCCCCAGCACCGCAGCCCCUCCGUCCCCUCCUGGGGGGAAUGGGGGGGACCCCCCCGUCCCAGGCCGGGCAGGGGGCUGGCGCUGCCCCCCGGGUCCCCUUGGCGGGGGCUGCGUGUCCCCGCCGUGCUGACACAGCGGCUGGGUGCAGCGGGGCGUGCGUGGGGGUGCCCCCGGGGGCUGCUCCCGUAUCCCACGGGAUUUACCCGCUAAUCCCCCCGCCCCGGGCUCGGCUGGGCUGCGGUGGCGGCGGGGGGCUCUUCAAAGGCAGCUGCACCCCCACCCCCGGCUGGCGCUGGUGGCUUCCCCCCCUUCUCCCAGUGGAUGGGGAGCGCUGCAGCGGGACCCCCACACUCCUGCCCCUCCAUCCUACCCCCGCCCAGGCUCAGCCCUGGCAGGGAGGGAGGGAGGUGUGGGAUAACCCAGUGGAGCUUGGAGGGGGGGAUCCUCUGAGCCCCCAGGGCUGGCUGUUGCCAGGUUGGGGUCCCCACCGUCCCCCCCAGCCCGUCCCUAUGGUGCUAUGGCCCCUGCCACCCCCCUGGGGACAGCGGGCACAGGGGAGGGCUCAGCCCCGCCGUGUCCCCGUCCUGGUGGGGCCACAACUGGGGGCCACGCAGCAGCACAGCCCGUGACCACCCCCCACACCCCGUCCCCGUCCCCCAACACA